GACUGCAAAAAGUUUUACAAUAUUGAUAAUUGUCAACUGACGGAUGAUAGAGCUCUCUACAACAGUGCAGAUAAUGUCAUUGUUUAUCAUAGAGCCAUCACUGAUCUGUCCAACCUUCCUCCAUCUCCUCGUCCUCCGUUCCAAAGGUGGAUUUGGUUGCAUUUGGAAUCACCAACCAACACCAAAAGGAUCCCAGGUCUGGAAAACCUGUUCAAUCUCACUCUCAGCUACAGACAGGAUGCUGAUAUUCCUGUACGGAUGCGCUUGAUCACCAGGAAAAAACCUAAUGAGGAUUUUGUAAUUCCCAAAAAGGACAAACUGGUGUGUUGGAUUGUAAGUAACAAGGAUCCAUCAACUGGUGUUGACACAAGGAACGUUUUUUACAGGGAAUUCAGCAAAUACAUCCAAGUGACUUUGUUCGGAAAGGCUUAUUCAAGGUUUCUGGGUUACGACGACUACUAUCCAACCAUGGCUAGUUGCAAAUUUUACCUUGCCUUUGAGAACUCCAUCCACAAAGACUACAUCACUGAGAAGUUAAAUGGGCCACUCGCGGCAGGUACCGUCCCUGUGGUGUUGGGUCCUCUGAGAAGAAACUAUGAGAACUUUGUUCCUGCCGAGUCCUUCAUUCAUGUCGAUGACUUCCCAGAUCCAAAGUCACUAGCCGAAUAUCUGCUUCAGCUGGACAAGGAUGAAGAUGCAUAUCGCAAGUACUUUAACUGGAGGAAACAUCUCACUCCAAGUCCUCAUUUAAUAUUGCAGAGACAAGAGUUUAUUCUGGCUAUUUGCACUGCCUGUGACUAUAUCGCACGACGCAGGGAAUAUAAAGAAGCUCAUGAUCUCUAUAAUUGGUACUUCAGUUAAUGUCA